AUGGGCCACCCCGACGAGAAUGUCCACCCGACGGCGACGGGUCAUGCGCUCGAGACGGUCAAGCAGCACGAGGCUCCGCAGGAUCUCGUCUUUUGGGCUGGUUGGUUCUGUCCGUUCGUCCAGCGCGCGUGGAUCGUGCUGGAGGAGCGCGGCAUACCGUACCAGUACAAGGAGGUCAACCCGUACAAGAAGGAGAAGCACUUCCUCGACAUAAACCCAAAGGGCCUCGUCCCCGCCGUCGAAUACAAGGGCCGCGCGCUCUACGAGUCGCUCAUCAUCUGCGAGUUCCUCGAGGACGCCUACCCCUCGCACACGCCGCACCUCUUCCCGACGGACCCGUUCGAGCGCGCGUACGUUCGCCUCUGGGUCGACCACGUCGCGAAGAACGUCGUGCCCGCGUUCCACCGGCUCCUCCAGGGGCAGACGCCCGAGGCGCAGGCGGCCGCGCGCGAGGAGUACUACGAGAGCCUGCGGAAGGUGAGCGAGAAGGCGAAGGGCCCGUACUUCCUCGGCGCCGAGUUCAGCAUGGUCGACGUCGUGCUCGCACCGUGGGUCAUCCGCGACUACAUCCUACAGGACCACCGAGGCUAUUCUCGCGAUGCGGUUGGCAGCGGCUGGAAGGAGUAUGCGGAGAAACUCUCGACGAGGCAAAGCGUACUGAAGACGCAGAGUGACCUUGAGCACUAUGAGCCGAUCUACGGGCGCUACCUGCGCGAUGAGGCUCAGAGCGAGGUCGCGAAAGCGACGAGGGCAGGAAAGGGCCUUCCGUGA